AUGAGCUUCAUCAAAUCAUCUGGACGGUUUGCGAACAGCUUAUUGAUAGGAAUUACCUGGAUACCUGUAGCCUUAGCUUUCAAUGAGAACGUCUGCUAUAUAGCUAAAAUUCAAGGCUCCUCGAUGAUGCCAACACUAAACCCAAGCAAGACCGAACCCACAGAUUGGGUUUUGCUUUGGAAAUGGGGCAUGAAAAAUGUCAAUAAUAUCAAACAUAAUGACGUGGUGCUCAUAAAAGCACCUUCGAACCCUCGAAAAGUGUUUUGCAAGAGAGUGAAAGGGAAAGAGUUCGAUUCAGUCCAAACUAGAUACCCGUACCCGAGGGAGAUUGCACACAUCCCGCGAAGUCACAUAUGGGUAGAAGGUGACAAUGCAUUUCACUCGAUAGACUCUAAUAACUUUGGGCCGGUAUCAACUGGCCUUGUUCUCGGAAAGGCUAUAGCGGUGAUAUGGCCACCGUCGCGGUGGAAUACGGAUCUCAACACCAGCUUGGGGCGCGAAGAUAUCAGAGUCAACGGGUUCGGCUUCUGA